AUGCUAGACACAGCUAGCAAUGGGAACUUCCUCAACCAGGAUGUAGAUGAUGGCUGGCAACUUGUGGAGAACAUAGCUAACUCCAAUGGAAGCUAUGGAGAAGAGUAUGAUCGCACCAACGGAGCUCGACCCACCACUCGAUCGACUCAGUCCACAAUGAAGAAAGUCAACUUUGUGUCUGCUGAGGAGAUGGAACCAGUCCAAGAAGGGGAGGAUACACAAUUUGCUGAGGUGUGCUACAUGAGCAAUGGGCAAGGAGGUUACAACAAAGGAUACUAUAAUUACAAGUCCAACCCUGCCAUGUCAUACCGCAACACUGAUGUUGCUAACCCUCAGGACCAAGUCUAUCCUCAACAACAAGCAGCUCGAUCGAGUCAAGCCACAACAUGGAAGCUAGCUGAAAUAAACUCCAAGAUCGAGAAUCUCAACACAAGGGUUUACUCUCUGGAGAAUCAUGCUUCUUCUGUUGCUGCUGCUACAAAGCAAGGACAACUACCUGGUAAAGCUAUUCAGAACCCCAAGGAACAGUGCAAGGUCAUCUUCACUCAAGAAGGACUUGUUGAAGAAGAGGAUCAAGAAAGGGUCAUUGAAGAUUUUUGUUUACUGCUGAAUGAUGAAGAGAUUGUUGCUGCUGAGGCUCCUGGAGUCCAGAUUGAUCAACCAGAAGUGCAUGCACCUACUGUGGCCAUUCACACUUCACCAGUUGAGCUCGCACAACAAGCUCGAUCGGCAGCUCGAUCGAGUCGCUCGAUCGAGUCCGACCUCUUCUGUCCGACCCUGUUUUGCUUGAUCCUUACCAACCGGUUGCCGCUUCCUCGUCUCGCCUACUUAGUCAAGCCUAGAGGUUCAGACUUUUGUGCCACAAUUGACAGUACCACUCUCAGUUCUAAGAGUCAUGGAGCUACAAAGGUUGUGAAGGAAAGGGUUGACAAAGAACCAAGAGUUGGGAAGGAUAAGGAUGAGAGAGGACCAAGGAUUGAGAAGCCACGUCUUGAGAGGGCUAGAGUUGAGAAACCACGUCUGAUAGACCACGAGCUGAUCGACUUGUUCAAGCCCCUUGUGUGCUUGAUGAAGAGAGCCUUCAAGCUUUGUUUGAUGAGCCACUAG